GCGUGGAAGUCUUUAAAAUCAUUUCGUAAAGCUAGGUCAAUCACGCACGUGCGAAACGUGGUACAAGAAUUUUAUUUCGAAGCUACGGUAAAGCGCGAAUAAAUAAAUAACUAAAAUGAGCACUGACGAUGUAAAUAGCCGCGAAAUCAAAGCGAAUUACAGAACGUGCACCGCGUGGGUGAAAAGAGGCGUCGCCGCGGCCGUACCUGAAAAGGUUGAACUGAAACCUGACGAGCUCGAGAGGAUUAUAAAGGAGGCGAAAUCUACUUUGCAAGUCGAAGAUGAUGAGGAUUCCGACGAAGAGGCGUCUACUUCUAGACAACAGCUUGAUACAGCACAAGGAGGAUCCGACGAGUACAAUUUCGAAGCGUAUGACAAUGAGUCGGGUAGUAUAUACUGUAAUAUUGCUAACGUUGCCAGUUUUGGCACAGGCGGCAAAGAUCCUUUCAUAACGAAUAGCGAGGCGGAUUCGGACGACGAGGAUGAUAUCAUCAAGAGUGACGAUAAUUUGUUAUUAUUUGGACAUGUCGAGGAAGAUGCUAGCACUCUGGAAGUAUUCGUAUACAACGAGAGGGAGGGUUCCUUCUACUGUCAUCAUGACAUACUCUUGUCCUCCAUUCCGAUGUGCGUAGAAUGGCUCAACUACGAUACCUCAGAUCCAAAACCAGGUAACUUGUGUGCGAUCGGUUUCAUGACUCCCGUAAUUGAGGUGUGGGACCUGGACUUGAUGAAUUGUCUAGAGCCGGCCUACACGCUGGGUUGUAACCCGAGCAAGAAAAAGAAGAAGAAACGCGUGGGGCACAGAAAGGCGGUUCUAGACGUGGCGUGGAAUCAGAAUUACACGCACGUUCUUGCCAGCGGCUCGGUCGACGAGACGGUGCUGCUGUGGGACUUGGAGAAUUGCCAGCCCGUUACCAAAUUCGAGCCGUUCGACAACUUCGUGCAGACGCUACACUGGCACCCAACGGAGACCCAUCAGUUGUUGACGGGAUGCGCAGACAACUUCGUGAGAUUAUUCGACUGCAAGGAAAAUCAGCUCGCACGAAGCUGGAAAGUGUCGGGAGAGGUGGAGAAGGUGUUGUGGAAUCAUUACGAGCCAAAUCACUACAUUACCAGCACGAAUAACGGUUACAUAGAAUACUUCGACAUCAGAGCAGACAAGCCGUUAUGGCAAAUGAAAGCGCACAACGACACAGUCUCAGGUCUUUCUCUUAGCACGUCGUGCCGAGGCCUGCUGGUUUCUUGUUCCACUGAUAGCGUGAUAAAGGUGUGGGAUCUUAUCGAUCACAGCAAUCCUGUGCUCAUACGCGAACAGACGGAUAACUUGGGCACCGUAUUGUGCCUCGCGGCGAACCCAGACAAUGGAUUUCUGUUUGCCGCUGGCGGAGACAAUAAAGAGAACAAUUACAAAGUGCUGGACCUCAUGAGCGUGCCCGCAGUGCAAGAGAAAUUCUCGAAACCUACCACGUCGAGCGGUUCAGCAACAAAAGUUGAAAAGAUGGACAUUGAAGAUACGUAAGAUUAAAAAUUUAACAGUGAUCGUCGGGCACUCAUACCAAGAAGAAGUAUGGCGUUUAUAGAAUUUAUAUUGAGAUGGAGUUUCCUAGAAGCGAUAAAUAAAUGAUCGUUGACUUUAAUUA